CAUUGCUAUUUGGCUAAAAAUUAUAUUUCUUUGUUGCUUCCAACUGUCCUUCUGGACCUGGAGAAGCUAGUUGCUGAAGAUUGUGAUUUUGUUCAGAAAUUCUGAGAGUAAACCACCUGCUAUCGAAGUACGGAAGGGGUUAGGUUUGUUAUGUUCUGAUGAAAAAUGGGCAUAAAGUUCAGAGAACAUAUGCAAUUGUUAAGUUUUUUCUUCUUGGACAAAAAAUGCAGCAGUAAACUAUAUAUGCUCAAAAAGCCUCAAAUUAUGCGCCAGAUAUUCCCAGUCACCAAUCUUGGUGAUGUGAGCACUCCUUAACCUAUUAUUUAAAUGAAAUCAUCCUGAUCUCAUUAAGCCAUCAUAUCAGGAGGCAAAAGUGUGUUUAAUUGGUAGGGUUAGGGGACUCUGAGGUAAGAUCCUAGGCAGUAGUUUUGUUUUCUUGACUCUUACAAAAUUCGUUGAUGAAAACAAAGAUGGUUACAGCAGCAAAAUAUCCAUGCUUUGUAUUUUACAGUGGUGCAGCUUACAGUCAAUAAAUUCAAGUGCCACAUGUCGCUCCAAACAAAAAGUCUUGCGUAUCAGCUUGAAUGUGCAUGGUUGUCAUGCUGUGGCAGCAAAAAUAGUUCCAACUGAGAACGGCAACUGCUAAGGCUGAUACAUCAUGCUAAUGUUCAUUUAGGGAAAUAAACUAUUGUUAUCUGGUUUCAUGCUGUAGCAGCCCAACAUAUAAACCUUGAGAGUAACAGGGUUUUGUCCUACCUUGUACCUGGAACCAAGCUGUCGGUUACUAUAUAUCACUCGUGUUUCUGCUACUCUUCUGCAAACUAGUGCAAGACUCAAGAACAAAGGCAUUCAUGGAAGAAAAGGACUGUCCCGUCGAAUCAUUCAAACCCGAGGAUGACAAGAAAAGCACACCACCAGAAAUAGCAGUUGCUGAUGAACCUUUCCCAUUCUUCUGCCUGCUUUGCUACGCCGAUGCGCUAGAUUGGCUGCUCAUGGUAUCAGGGACAAUUGGGUCCUUCGUACACGGCAUGGCACCUGCAAUGUCAUAUUACAUACUUGGCAAAGCUGUCGAUAUGUUUGGGGACAACAUAGGCAAUCGGGAGGCAAUUGUCCAUCAACUUACUAAGUUACUUCCAUAUAUGUGGUCCUUGGCAAUUAUUACACUUCCUGCUGGAAUGAUUGAAAUUACAUGUUGGAUGUACACAAGUCAGAGACAAAUGACACGCAUGCAGAGGGCAUAUCUGGGAUCAGUACUCAGUCAAGAUGUUGGAGCUUUUGACACCGACUUAACCACCGCGAACAUCAUGGCUGGAACAACUAAUCACAUGAGCGUCAUAAAAGAUGCAAUUGGAGAGAAGAUGGGUCACUUUAUUUCUAAUUUCUCCACAUUCCUAGUCGCUGUCAUUGUUGCUUUUGUGUGCUGCUGGGAGGUGGGUAUGCUCUCUCUGUUAGUUGUUCCAAUGCUUCUUGUGGUUGGAGCAACAUAUGCUAAAACAAUGAUUGGCAUGUCGAUGACAAGGACAGCUUUCGUCUCUGAAACAACCACUGUUGUGGAACAGACUCUUUCACAUAUCAAGACUGUCUUCUCAUUUGUUGGAGAAAACUCGGCGAUGAAAUCCUUUGUGAAAUGCAUGGACAAGCAAUACAAGUUAAGCAAGAAAGAGGCAUUCAUAAAAGGACUAGGUUUGGGAAUGUUACAGAUUGUAACUUUCUGUUCGUACUCACUGACAAUCUAUGUUGGAGCAGUAGCAGUAACUAGAAGAUCCGCGAAAGCGGGUGAGACAAUUGCGGCUGUUAUUAACAUCCUCUCCGGUGCAAUAUAUCUCUCAAAUGCAGCUCCAGACCUUCAGAUCUUCAGUCAAGCAAAAGCUGCUGGUAAAGAAGUGUUUAAGGUUAUCAAAAGAAAUCCAGUGAUAAGUUCUGAAUCAAAUGGAAGAAUACUGGAGAAGGUCAUUGGUGACAUUGAAAUACGAGAGGUGCAUUUCACAUAUCCAUCCCGUGAAGAUAAUCCAAUUCUCCAAGGUUUCUCGCUGGCUGUACCGGCAGGCAAAAUUGUGGCUCUUGUCGGGAGUAGUGGAUGUGGGAAGAGCACUGUGAUUUCUUUGGUUCAGAGGUUCUACGAUACUAUGUCAGGUGACAUAUUAAUUGACGGUCAAAACAUUAAGGAACUUGAUCUGAAGUCCCUGAGGAGAAAUAUAGGUUCAGUGUCUCAAGAACCAUCACUCUUUUCUGGUACUAUUUCUGAUAAUUUGAGAAUUGGCAAAAUGAGUGCAACUGAUGAAGAGGUCAUUGAAGCAGCAAAAACAGCUAAUGUGCACACCUUUAUUUGCAAACUUCCAAACCAAUACUCAACUGAGGUAGGAGAAAGAGGUGUGCAACUAUCAGGAGGCCAGAAACAGAGAAUAGCGAUCGCAAGGGCUAUUCUAAAAAAUCCUCCAAUUCUUCUGCUUGAUGAAGCCACAAGUGCUCUUGAUUCAGAAUCCGAGAAGCUAGUUCAGGAUGCUCUUGACAGAGCUAUGCAAGGGAGAACUGUUAUCUUGAUUGCCCACAGAAUAUCAACAAUUAUAAACGCGGACAAGAUUGUUGUUGUGGAGAAUGGAAGAGUAGCUCAUUCUGGAACUCACAAAGAAUUGCUGGAAAAAAGUGCAUUCUACUCGAGUGUAUGUAACAUGCAGAAUCUAGAGAAGGAAUCUGGCCAGAGUAGAGAAAGAAUCACUGAACAAGACGAAGAAGAACAAGACAACAAGCCAUCUUUCGCUGCAGAUGAUAAAGAGAAGAAAAUUGAAUUGACCUCAAAGCAACCGAAGCAAGGGGCCAGAAAGAGAACAUCUGCUUUCUACAGAAUAUUUCUUCGAACAUUUAAACUUGUGCCUGGUAAAGUUCUGCUGGGUUCUACAGCAGCAGCAGUCUCUGGGAUCUCGAGGCCUAUAUUUGCUUUCUUCAUUAUAACGGUUGCCAUGGCAUACCUGGGGACAGAUGCGCAGAGAAUAGUUGGCAAAUACUCGGUAAUUUUGUUCCUAGUUGGGUUCUUAACAUUCUUCAGUAACAUCUUUCAGCACUAUAUUUACGGCCUGGUCGGCGAAAGGGCGAUGAAUAACCUAAGGGAGGCCCUCUUUUCAGUCGUUCUUCGGAGCGAGGUAGGUUGGUUCGAAGAACCCAGGAACAGCGUCGGCUUCCUGACUGCACGUGUUGUCAGCGACACCUCAAUGAUCAAAACGGUUAUAUCCGACCGGAUGUCCGUCAUCGUUCAAUGCAUCUCUUCCAUCCUGAUAGCAACGGUGUUAAGCACAGCAGUGAACUGGAGGAUGGCUCUAGCCGUAUAUGCUAUGAUGCCGUGCCACCUAAUCGCCGGCCUCGUACAAGUCAGGUCAGCGAAAGGCUUUGCCACUGACGUCUCCACUUCCCACCAAAAGCUCAUCUCGCUCACCUCAGAGGCCGUCAGCAACAUCCGCACCGUGGCGUCUUUCGUUCAGGAAGAGGAGAUACUCAGGAAAGCGGACCUAGCGCUUCAAGAACCGAUGCGGACAAUCAGGAUGGAGAGCAUCAAGUAUGGGGCGUUGCAGGGGGUUGCGCUCUGCCUAUGGCACAUGACGCACGCCGUCCAGUUGAGCUGCACCAUCGCGCUGAUCGGCAAGGGACUGGCGACAUUUGAAAACUGUGUGCGGUCAUACCAGACGUUCGCGCUGACGGUGCCUUCCAUCACGGAGCUAUGGACCUUGAUCCCUAUGGUCAUGUCGGCCCUCGCAGUGCUGGACCCUGCGCUCGACAUUCUCGACAGAGAGACGCAGAUCAUCGUGCUGGAUGUACCAAAAGCGUCUCAUGAUGAAGAAGACAGAAUUGUGGGUGGCGUCGCGUUUGAAGGCGUCAGCUUCAGCUAUCCCUCCAGAGCAAAGGUGACCAUUCUGGAUGGCUUCAGUCUCGCCAUUGAGCCAGGCCAGAGGGUCGCCUUGGUCGGCCCGAGCGGUGCCGGGAAGUCCACGGUGUUCGCGCUCCUGCUAAGGUUCUACGAGCCUAGCCAAGGAAGAGUGCUUGUAGACAGCAAGGACAUCAGGGACUACAACCUGAAGUGGCUGAGGAGGCAGAUAGGGCUGGUCCAGCAGGAGCCCAUCCUGUUCAACCUGUCCAUCCGGGAGAACAUCGGCUACGGCAACGAAGGCGCGUCGGAGGCGGAGAUAGUGGAGGCCGCGACGGAGGCCAACAUCCACGAGUUCAUCAGCGGCCUGUCGGCGGGGUAUGGCACCGUGGUCGGGGACAAAGGGAGCCAGCUCUCCGGGGGCCAGAAGCAGCGGAUCGCCAUCGCCAGGACCAUUCUGAAGAAGCCUGCCAUACUGCUGCUGGACGAGGCGACCAGCGCCCUGGACGGCGAGUCCGAGAGGGUGGUGAUGAGCUCCCUGGCCGCGAAGGGGUGGGGGAAGAGCGGUAUCGGCGAGGCGUCGUCGAGCACGACCACGAGCAUCACGAUCGCGCACCGGCUGUCCACGGUGGCGAACGCGGAUGUGAUCGUCGUGAUGGAGAAAGGUGCGGUGGUCGAGUUGGGCAGCCAUGAGACGCUGGUCUCUGCGAGCAACGGUGUUUACUCGCGGAUGUACCGUGUGCAGGUCAAAGGGGCGAAGGACUGAUUUUCUUUUCAUGGUUCUCUGAUAUGACCGAUGUUUUAAAUAGCCACUAUAUAGCCUUUUCACUAGAGUGCCGCUAAAUGGUCUCAUGUACAAAUAGCCCGCUAUAGCGGAGCUAUAGCUGAUUUUAAGGUCCGCCGCUAUUUGGCAAUAGCCCGCUAUUUAAAACAUUGGAUAUGACUGAGUUUCGGUCUUGUCUUGAUGGGGAAACUUGCAGCCCUGUGCACUGGAUAAGCUAAUUGUCACUUACAGC